UCCAAUCCAAUCCUGGUUUCAAAGAUGGAUGCUUCGUACGCCGCUGAAUUGGACCGGGAAGAAGAAGUGUUGAUGACCGUCCUUCUUGCUUAUGCCACUGCCUCUGCUGCCACAAAACGGAAAAAGAAAAGGAAGUGGUGGGUACGUCCUUGUUUGCGGGAGCGGGACUGUGUUGGGCAAGCCCACAACCUUCUUCCCGGCUUGCGCAGGGCAAAUGACGAGGUCUACUACCGAGACUUCUUGCGCAUGCCCCCGAGGACGUUUGACUCACUGCUUAGUCUAGUAGGAGACAGGCUACGCAAAAGGGAUACACGGUGGCGGAAAUCAAUCAAGCCAGAUGAAAGGCUCGCCGCCACCUUAAGAUUCCUGGCUGCGGGGGAUUACUUAUGCAGUAGCUCGUUCAACUUUUUGAUCGGGAGGUCGACGCUAUGUGGCAUUGUGUCAGAGACGUGUCAAGUCAUUUGGGACGUGCUGUCUCCACUUCAUGUGCAAUGUCCGAGAGCAGUGGACGACUGGAUGAAGGUGGCACAUGGAUUCCUGGAGCGCUGGAACAUUCCACACUGCAUUGGUGCAAUGGAUGGCAAGCAUAUUGUUGUCCAAUGCCCUGCCAAAUCAGAGAGUGUUGACAGGAAUUAUAAGGGCACUUUUAGCAAGUGUAUGUUUGCUGUCUGUGAUGCCUAUUACAGGUUCAUCUAUGUUGAGAUAGGUCAUCACGGUAGUCAGAGCGAUGGCGGAAUAUUUGCCCAGUCGUCCCUUCUGAAGGACGUCGUGUCUGGAGAGGCCAACAUCCCCCCAGCGAGUCCUCUUGGGAAUCGUUCAGAGCUUCCCUACUUUUUUGUGGGCGAUGAGGCGUUCCCAUUGAAGACGUUUCUCAUGCGACCAUUCCCCAAGCGAAGUAUCACAUCGAUGAGGCAGAGGGUGUUCAAUUACCGCCAUUCUCGAGGCAGGAGGAUAAUUGAGAAUGCCUUCGGUGUACUUGCACAACGAUGGAGGAUUUUGCGGCGUCCGUUUGCAGCGAAAGACGACAACAUUAGACGUAUUGUAGCUGCAUGCAUUGCUCUGCACAACUUCCUCCUCAGUGAGUCAGAGUCAUCCAAGGCUUGCUAUUGCCCUACUGGGGUAGUGGACCGUGAAGGAUCUGAAGGGGAUGAAGUUCGAGGAAUGUGGAGGACUGAAGAAGCUGGAAGGCCAGCUCUGGCGCAGUUUCCAAGAACAGGCCUUCGCUGCACAAGUGCUGCACAUCAAGUGAGAGAGCACUUGGCUGACUACUUCAUGGAAGAAGGUGCACUGCCAUUCCAGGAAGACAAAGCCAAGAAAAACUGGGGCACCUGAUUAAAUGGAAGUGACGUCCACCACCAAGAUCAUCUUCCAGGAAGUCGAGGUCAGCAAAAAGACUGCAACAGAUGGAGUGAAAACAUCAGUCAUACAUGCUCAGCCCAAUAAGAGUUUAAAUUUACACCUAAUGUAAAUACACAUCCCCACUCACUCUGAUCCUAUGUCUGCCUGGGAACUCUGCUGUGGGGAUGGUGACAGCUGGUUGCCCUCCAGUUGAGAUGGGGACUGUGAACUGCAUGAAAUUAGGCUCCAAUGUGUUAAAUGUAGGGUCAGGGGUGCCACAGGGCUCUGUUCUGGGGACGUUACUCUUUUUGGUAUAUAUGAAUGACAACACAGGAAGUAUUGGACCAAGCUUGAACAUUAGACUUUGCAGACACUGCUGUACACUACAAUACAUGUGAUCAGGAAAGAUUAAACCAAGGGCUGGAAGAGACAGUUUCAUGGUCUUUGCAUCUGUCAUAAUUUUGAUUUUCUAAUACUGCUUUUUUAUGUUGAGGUGCACGGUGGCCAUAGGGCUAUUGCUUGUUUUGAUUUUGUUGUACGUUUUUGGUAAGACUACACAGUGUUAUCAGUGGCUUGACAAUUCUUAUGUAUCAGUUUUGUUCGUAUGUGCACCCUUACAUGAAGAGCCUGCAGUAUCUGUUAAAUAAAUAGUAAAGUGAGAGAAUCUCAAUGCUGCCCUAUGUGAAUAAAUACUUUGCACUUACCUUGA